AUGUUAUUAGCCUCCGUUCCAGUUCGCUGCACGGCUGCAAGCUCUUUGCGUCGUGUUCUGAAUACGAGACAGCACCGCCGAGUCUUGAGAAUUCACAAGUUCUCGGGAACGUACUUCUCAACAACAGCUCGAGCUUCCUCUGCCCUCAAGGUGCAAAAAGGGAGGGAGCAGGGUGAUAAAGGUGUAUCAGAGGAGGACGAGAAGAACGGGGUAGCUGGUGCGACUUCGGAACGAUCUGAACACGAACAUGCAGUUAUCUCAACCUUCGAUUUAUUCAGUAUCGGCGUCGGGCCAAGCAGUUCACACACCGUUGGUCCUAUGCGUGCUGCAAACAUUUUCAUCAACGACCUCGAAGAACUUGGGCUAUUGCACAAGGUUAAAACAGUGAAGAUCGUGCUGUACGGUUCUCUGGCUGCGACAGGGAAGGGACAUCACACUCCACAAGCAAUUCUUCUUGGGCUCGAAGGGUCUGAUCCGGAGACGGUAGACACGGGAACCAUUCCGUCAAGGUACAAGGAUAUUCUGGAAAAUAAGCAUCUUGUUCUGGGCGGCAGGCAUCGCAUCGUGUAUGACAUGGAUCGCGAUAUGCUUUGGCGCUGGGAUCAGGUGCUCAAAACCCAUCCAAACGGCAUGCGCUUUUCGGUUUUCGACGCAGGCGGCGCGCUAUUAGCUACUAAUGAGUAUUUUAGUGUCGGUGGUGGAUUUGUUGUGAAUGAGAAAACAAAAGUGGACGAGAACUUAUUCUACAAGGGAGUCGACAAACACAAAGUUGAUCCAGCUCGACUCGCUCAACAUGAACAUGACACUUCCUCCGAUCCCUCGCUUCCUCCCUAUGCGUUCCAUUCUGGCGACAGUCUUCUUGCCCUUACCAAAAAGCACAAUAUGACUAUAGCACAGAUAGUUUACGAUAAUGAGCGCUACUUUCAUCCACAUGAUGUUAUUUACGAAAAGCUUAUGCGUAUAUGGUCUGUCAUGGACGAUUGCAUCCGCAGCGGUGUCGCCACCAAUGAGACAGUGCUUCCGGGCCGGCUAGGAUUGCGUCGCCGAGCACCGAUGCUGUAUAGACGACUUAUGCGAGGAUUCUAUCCAGGUAUAUCUUCAGGAGGUUCACUGCCCGCCAUUUCCGGGGGAAGCGCGGCUUCUGGGGUACUCGAUGCGCCAAGCGGUUAUAACGUAUCUGGCGGGGACCAAGAAUCAGGAAGUCGACCUCGACCUCGUAGUGAACGGAUAACGGCGCCGCGCCCGACACGUGUGGUCGGGUCAUUUGACCACCCUGUUUUACCGAUGCCACCGCGGAAAACACUCUUCCCCGCGAUUGAUUUUCUCUCAUGCUAUGCGAUUGCGGUAAAUGAAGUGAACGCCAGCGGCGGGAGAAUCGUGACCUCCCCAACGAACGGUGCAGCGGGGGUUAUCCCUGCUGUUCUGAAAUAUAUCGUGGAGUUUAUCAGCGACGAUCCCGAAAAGAGUAUAGUGACAUUUCUGCUGACAGCAUCCGCCAUUGGUAUGCUAUUCAAGCGUGGAAGCACCAUUUCAGCCGCGGAAGGUGGUUGCCAGGCAGAAGUUGGAGUGGCGUGUUCAAUGGCUAGCGCUGGCUUUGCAGCGUGUAUGGGAGCCUCGCCAGAAACGGUCCUACAGGCAGCGGAGAUCGGCAUAGAACACAAUCUUGGCCUUACCUGUGACCCCAUUGACGGUCUAGUCCAGGUUCCAUGCAUCGAAAGGAACAGUCUAGGCGCGGUGAAGGCGGUAACAGCGGCGCAGCUCUCAAUGGCGAGUGACGGGAUCUAUCGAGUGACUCUUGACGAAGCUAUCGAGGCUAUGAGGAUUACCGCCGCGGACAUGAGCGUUAAGUACAAAGAAACGAGCCUUUCCGGUCUAGCCACAACUGUUAGAAUCCCUUUGUCUGUUCCAGCAUGCUAACCAGGAUUAUCAACGAAGUCAAUGUGCAUUUUUUGGAAUCAAGAUAUAGAAUUAAUGUUGCUUGCUCUACGAUUCUCGUGGCUUUGUUUAGAAUAAUAGAUAUUUUUCGUUAAAUCUCUUGCAGAAUGUGGAGCUUGCCGCCUUUUACGUAAUUGUAGCAGGCCCUUUUCAUGUAGAUUUUGUCAUCUUUCGCUGAUUUUCAU